GUCCCCGCAGAAAAAUAAUAAAAAAGACUAUAAGAGCAUUAGGUGUAAUCAUUCUUCCAGGAUCAUUGAUAAUCGGCCAUGUCCCUUUUGCGACUUUUCACUUCCAAGGCACCUUUACUACAGGCCUCAUUCAGACGUUCUAUUUCGACUGCGCCAGUGCUUCUUCACGGCAAACCCGGUGUAGCUAAAGGAGACGGACCAUAUACCGUGCAUUUUAUUACUUCUGACGGCGAGCAAAUUGAUGUGAAAGCGACCAAAGGCGAUACAAUGCUCGAUCUCGCACAACGUUACGAUAUAGAUUUGGAAUGUGCCUGUGAAGGAUCGUUGGCGUGUUCAACCUGCCACGUUAUUUGCGAGCCCGAAUACUAUGACAAGAUGGAAGAACCCUCUGAUGAAGAGAAUGACAUGCUGGACUUGGCAUUUGGUUUAACAGAGACUUCACGAUUGGGCUGUCAAAUUGAAAUGAAUGAUGAUCUGGAUGGUAUCACUGUCCGUAUUCCAUCGGCUACUCGAAAUCUGCGAGUUGAUGGAUCCAAGCCUACUCAUCAUUAAAAUAAUACCAUCUCAUCUAGACUCAUUUCUUUGUAGCAGUAGACUCAUACUAUAUAUAUAUAAAAAAGGCAAAAAGGGGACAAUCGCUAGGAAACUGUCCACAAUGAAUUGCAAAAGGAACGGAGAACUGAG